AUGUGUACAUUUGUAUAUGUGUGGUUUGUGUUUUGAUAUGUCAAAGAUGCGUCGCGACGCUCCGCGGCAGCUGGCUGCUCCCGGGUGUUCAGUUCGCGCCUCCCGUCGGUCCGCCGGUCUCUUCAUCAUGUGAGGCGAGCAAACGCCACAACGCAUCCACGUCGAUGACGCCCAGUGCCAAAGCGACCCUCUGGGUCGCACUCUAUUUUCUGGUCGCGGUCUUCGCGCUCAAAAUCUGCCAGAAUCUUUGGGCGUUUCCGAGCAAACAGGCCGACAGUGGCGGUGGCGGCGAUCGUGGGGAGGUCAACGCGUGGUUGGACGCCAAUCAGCUCGGCAAGUACAAGCAGCUCUUCAGGGAUAAAGGUAUCUCCCAAUUGACCCAAUGCGGGCAACUGGGCGAGCUGCCGGAACUGCCAGCGCCAGACGAAGAGCGCCUCCAGCGAGCCGCCGCGUUGCUCCAACAACGUCUCGUCCUACGCCAAUGGCUCACCAAACACAACCUUCAUCACCACUACCCCAAAUUACUAAGUAUGGAAGUAGCGUCGGUGGAGGACGUCUACUGGUUCGAAGAAUCCAAAGCGCGACAAAUUUUCCAAAAAGACUUCUCCGCCUGGUCGCAAGCCCAGCAAGGCCUGCCCACAUCGAAACAACGCCUCGAAUCACUCAAAGCUGACCUCUGGUCGGAAGUAGUAAAGUCCAGCAAUCACCAAGAUGCAUGGACGUGGGGCGGGAUGCUGGUAGUCUCCGUCUCAAUGGCCGGCUUGGUAACCCUCGCAGCUAUAACUCAACCAUCACUGGCACCCGAAGCCAAACACUCUCUACUACAAUACGUCACCGGGAAAUAUCUCCUGCCCUCAAACUGCAAGGUGGAAUUCAACUGGAGUGACCCGCAUCCGGUUGGGCACACUGUUUGCUUCACUGUGCACUUUUAUCAACGCAAUGGCCAACCCUAUCCGAUCUGCGACACCGAUCAACUUGUGGUGGAUGUCUCCGAAGGUAAUCGCAAGAUGGCUAUUAUUACCGAAUUAGGUUCACCGACAGAUCCAAACAAUGCCAAUGAAGCAAGGGUUAAAUUCACCGUGCGACAUGCUGGCCAUUAUCGUAUCACGGUGAUGAUUGGUAAUCAACAUGUGGCUGGAUCACCCUUUACAAGAGGUUUCAAUGCUGGACCUGCUGAUGCACAAAGGACUAUUGUGCUGCGGCAUUGUAGUACAGUGGUGUGUACUGCCAACAUUGCGCAUUUAUUGUUUAUUGAACCGAGGGAUGAGUAUAACAAUGUGUGCAGUUAUAGUCCAUCAGAUGAUCCAACAGAGGGAUAUGCGGUAACUUUGACGCAAAUAGGAAAUAAUAAAUCCCAAGACUGCGAUGUAGAUAGCAUAGUGGAGGAGAAUUAUUCAAUCACCUUAGAUUACGACUGGCAGAAUCAUCGCAUCACCGUGCAGUUGAAGUUUAUCUACGAGGGUUGUUUUCACGCCACCAUUAAAUACAAAGGAACGGAAUUGCAUAAUGGCGACUUUGAUAUCAUCGUGUUAAACAGUAUUGAUUCAACUCUAGUGCAUAAAAACGUCGCAUCUAAAAACCAUAACGUCUGCUACGAGGCAAAAUUAAUCGGCAUGAAUGAAGAUAAACUUACAAAACCAAAGCGCGUUCUUUGUUACGUCUCCCCCAAGCAGCUAAUCAUCAAAGAACUCCUCUUAAAAUUCAUCCCUAAGCGUCUCUACACAUUCCGCCUUUGCCCAUCAACCAAAUUCAACUUCCACGUGAGUGGCGAUGUGAAAUGCGAGAACAUUUUCUCGAUAGAAGACGGCUGCCAGCCGAAACUCGAACUGGUUUCGAAAGAGCGCAAUGUUAUCGCCGCCACUUUCGCCCAAUCCCUGCUCAAGAACAUGGGCGGCAGUGAAACUUUCAAGGACAAGCAGGACUUUUUCUAUCACGAGGUGCGCAAGUUCCAUCAGAAACAUCACCAUGAGAAAAUCAGCAUGAAAGUCAACCGGGAAAAACUACUCGAAAGUAGUAUUAAAGCAACCAAGAACUUUUCCGUGUCAGACUGGUGUCGGAACUUUGAGAUAUCUUUCCAUGGAGAGGAAGGUAUCGAUUGGGGUGGACUGAGGCGUGAAUGGUUUGAGUUGAUUUGCGUGCAGUUGUUUGAUCCGAAACAUGGAUUGUUUCGGAGUUUUCGAGGUCAGCAAGGUUGAAUUACAUCAAAUCCGAUGCGUGCAUCGCAUUGAAGUGCGACAUUUUACGAAUUCGCUGGAAAAGUUGUCGGGAAGUGUUUGUAUGAGAGUGCACUUGGGGUUCCUUAUCGACAAUUAGUUCGGGCAAGAUUUACGAGAUCGUUUUUGGCACAAGUUAUUGGUCUACGAGUUCAUUACAAGUUUUUUGAACAAGACGAUCCAGAUCUUUACCUGACAAAAGUAAAAUACAUCCUGGACAAUGACAUAGACCUCAUCGACACGGAAUUAUACUUUGUUGAAGAACAAUAUGAUCCGUUAAGUGGACAACUGACGAAAACAAUCGAAUUAAUUCCAAACGGCGCAAAAAUUCGUGUGAGAAAUUCAUCAAAACAUCAAUAUCUAGAUGCUUUAGCACAAUAUAGAUUAGCGACAAGUAUAAAAGACGAAUUGGAAGCUUUUCUUGAAGGUUUAAACGAGUUAAUACCCGAUAAUUUGUUGAGUAUUUUCGACGAAACGAAUUGGAAGGCGUUUCAGUUGUUACUCUGCGGCACCGGACAGUACUCGAUCGCGGACUUCAAAGCGCAUCAUGUUAUCAACGGCAAUUCCGGUAGAUUCCGCCGAAUUAUCGGCUGGUUCUGGGCGGCUGUUUCGAAUUUUACUCAGGAGGAAAUGGCGAGAUUGUUGCAAUUUACUACGGGAUGCUCACAAUUACCACCUGGAGGAUUUAAGGAAGUGAAUCCACGGUUUCAGAUUACAGCUGCGCCUACGUUUGGGAAUUUACCAACUGCACAUACAUGUUUCAAUCAACUCUGUUUACCGGACUACGACUCCUAUGAACACUUUGAAAAGUCUCUCCUGCUCGCAAUCAGCGAAGGAACUGAAGGUUUCGGAAUGGUGUGAACGUGUAAGAUUUCCUCGACUGAAUUAUUCAAUUUUCCUACUACGUACACACACGAGAUGCACAAAAACGUGCAGUACUAGUCGACGAUUCAUAGUCAUGUAGAAAAAGAAUGAAAGACAAGCGUUACCGCGUUUCCUUUAGUUGUUUGUUCAACAUAUCGAACAAUAUUUACGUAGUUUCUCUAGGGGACCACAAGAGACGUGAAGUAAAACUAAACAAAACAUGAAUUUCAAACGUAAGAGAUACUAUAGGAUUCGAAAUGAGAUAAGAAUUUCAAUCGGUAAUACGUAUCGUAGUACGUACGAUAACGUAUUGUAAAUUAUAAUCAUACGACGGCUAUAAGAGAACGCAAACAUUUUAUCGAGUUACACAUUGAGCGCGUUGCUUUCGGUAGAACGAUAUUAAACCACUACGACAAUACGAUUAUACAAGAAAAUAUUGAGAAAGCCUUUGUAAUUAUUACCUACUAGAUUUUUUAGAUAAUCAAAUUUACUAUAAACUACUAUAACUACAUGAAAAGAUUAUUACAGCGUUAACGCGUUUACUGGCAUUUGCUAAAGUUUGCUAACAAUUGCAUCGAUUACAUUUUAGUGCAAACGCUUUGCAACUCGAUUCGCAGCCACUCCGCCAUUUUUAAGCACAAAGAGGCCGCAAACACUUUUCAUCUUGUACAUAUGUUAUAGUGAGGAAAGUAUUGUUCAAACACUUACAUUUUGUCGACUCUGCUUUGGACUCCAUCACAGCCAUCACAAUUUACAUAUUAUUUAGUAAUAUGAAUUGAAAGUUAGUUUAAACACGUUUAAUUUGUAACAAAUGUAAAUUUUCACGACAAAUAUUAGCAACGUUAGCGAGUCAAAAGGGUGACCGUUGUAUUCACGUCCGGGUAGUGGCGACGAUAACGGCAGUUGCAUGAACUACACACCAAACUUUUGUUUCCUAGUUUUUUUUACUAGAAUAACACCGAACAAAAACAAAGAUUCGAAUAUUUAGCGCGCAAUAACAAAAUUUCCGCCUAAUUUGACACUUUUGGCCUUAGUAUUCAUUGUUACUUUCACACAUGUAUUAGUUAUAGUAUUAUUUAGUUUAGUUUAGCUAUGUUAACAUAGUUUAAUUGUUUAGGACUGUAUUUCAUUGUGAUAACCGUGGAGAAAUUCAGAAGUUGCAAUUUUUCUGUGAUUAGAUUCACACUUUUGGCUAUAACACUUCUUAUUAUAUUAUAAUCUAUGUUAUUCCAUGUGAUAUUUAUAUUUUAGUAUAUCAUUUACUUAAAUUAAGUCCAUUACCAAUUUCUAAGCUUGCUUGUGAACACUGACAGCAUUUUCAACAUCAUAUAUUUGUUAUAAAAAUAUUAUACAAUAGAAAAAGGCAAAUAAAUGAGUAAAUAUGAA